GCGCCGCAGAUCUGUCACAUGACCGCGGGCAGUGAACAUGGCAGACCGUCGGGAGUAUGAGGGUCUGCUGGAUGAUGAAGAAGAUGAUGAUGAAGGCGUGUCUCCGCACCUGAGCCCGCUGUGUGACCCGACUCACCUGCUGCACCGGAUCCUGGUCCUGGUCUUCAUGUGCUUCCUGGGCUUCGGUAGCUACUUUUGUUAUGAUAACCCCGCAGCUCUCCAGACUCAAGUCAUACAGGAUAUGGGUCUGAACACAGCCUCGUUCAUGCAGCUGUAUGCGUGGUACUCAUGGCCUAAUGUUGUGCUGUGCUUCCUGGGGGGCUUUCUGCUGGACCGGGUGUUUGGCAUCAGGCUGGGGACGAUCAUCUUCUCAUUGUUUGUGUUAUUAGGGCAGAUCAUAUUUGCUGCUGGAGCUCUGGCUAAUCACUUCUGGCUGAUGAAUUUGGGCCGCUUCGUGUUUGGCAUCGGCGGAGAGUCGCUGGCUGUGGCUCAGAACACGUAUGCAGUGAACUGGUUCAAAGGAAAAGAGCUCAAUCUGGUGUUCGGCCUGCAGCUCAGCAUGGCCAGAGUGGGCAGCACGGUCAACAUGAACGUCAUCGGUUGGGUUUACGGCCGCAUCGAGGCCAUGCUGGGCUCAACGGGACACACCACGCUCGGGAUAACACUCAUGAUCGCGGCGUCCACCUGUCUGUUCUCCCUCAUUUGUGCUCUGAUCCUGGGCUUCCUGGACAGAAGAGCAGAGAAGAUCCUCAAGAAGGAGCAGGGAAAAACCGGGGAAGUCAUCAAGCUGACGGAUGUUAAGGACUUUCCCGUCUCUCUCUGGCUCAUCUUCAUCAUCUGUGUGGCCUAUUACGUGGCCAUCUUCCCAUUCAUUGGACUGGGCCAAGUUUUCUUCAUCGAGAAGUUCGCCUUCACUACCGUCCAGGCCAGAGCCAUCAACAGUAUCGUGUACAUCAUCUCGGCCCCGGCGUCCCCUCUGCUGGGGUUCGUGGUGGAUCGGAUCGGCAGGAACGUCUUGUGGGUUAUGCUGGCCGUAAUCACUACGCUCCUCUCUCACAUGAUGCUGGCCUUCACCUUCUGGAACCCUUGGAUCGCAAUGUGUCUGUUAGGUCUGUCGUAUUCGCUGCUGGCCUGUGCUCUGUGGCCCAUGGUGGCGUUCGUGGUGCCAGAGCAUCAGCUGGGAACCGCGUAUGGAUUUAUGCAGUCCAUACAGAACCUGGGCCUGGCGCUCAUGUCCAUGGCUGCGGGGAACAUCUUAGACCUCAAAGGAUACCUGUUCCUCGAGGUCUUCUUCAUCGCCUGCCUGUGCUUGGCUCUGCUGGCAGUGGUUCUGCUGUAUCUGUAUAAUUCUUACAAAGAGGGAGAGCUGAACCUGUCGGCCUCGGAACGAACCAGCCGAAUGAAGUCUGAGUGAAGCACGUCUGAUCUCCUUCACCUCGGGCCUUUCUGCACUGACCACUCUCUCUGACACGUCACCGAGCGCUUCAGACUACCCACAAUCCUUCACUGAGCACCUCCCAACCCAUGCACAGACAUCUUCAGUCAGCUCCACAUUAUUUCCAUUACAGUUAAACACAUUUAAACCCGCAUUCUUGCUCCUGUCAUACAAAAAAAAAAUAUUAAUUGAAAAAUUUAUAUUUUAUAAUUUACUACUAUAAUUAUUUAAUUGUAGUAUUUGUUUUACUAAUAUUUAAUUGCCUUUUAAUAACUGUAGUGUAAUUUGUUAUGACUAAUAAUGAAACUGUACCUACAUUUUAAUCACUAUUAUUGUAGUAGUGCAUGGGUUAAAUGUGUUUAAUCAUCUUGAAAAUAAUGUCACAAUAAUGUCCUAAAAUAGGUCCUGAACCUGUAUGAGUUCCUUUCUUCUGCUGAACGAUAAUCUCGUUAUCCAACGUUACAUUCUCUCUCUCUCUCUCUCUCUCUCUCUCUUACUCUCUAUUGGUCUCUCUCUGUCUCUCUCUCUCUCUCUCUCUCUCUCACUCUCUCUCUCUGACUCUCUCUCUCUCUUACUCUCACUCUCUCUCUCUCUCUCUCUCUCUCUCUCUAUAUAUACACACACACACACACCGUAUAUACACACUGUGACAGUCAGUGGCUUGAGUCAGUGUCUGGUGUCCAUGUGUAAUGUGCAGACAGAGGUGUGGAUGAGUUUCAGCAAACAAAGAACACAGAGAGCACUUACAACAAGAAAAUUACAUAAACCAAUGACUGACAAAAGAACCAAGAAAACAGGUUCUUAUGUACUGUAUCUUAGUAUGAAACAUCAUACUAUUCAAUGAGCUUCUUGAGAUGAGCAGAAAUAUCUUCAGGGUCCAGCCAAACCAAGUCAGAUCUGCAUUAGUUCAGUUCUCCGUGUGACGAGACGUCAGUCAGGGUUCAUACUGUCUGUGGUCACUAAUCAACAACUAGCUCUUGAUUGGGGAGUAUCUCUUCACAGAUUCACUUAAAUGAUUUAAAUGAUUUGAGCUCCACUCUAAAAAAUGCCUCAUGCCUUAACUUUUUAAUUGUUUUUAGUCAGUUUUAAUAAUUCUGGUUUGUUUUGAACAUGUAACAAUUUUCACUUAGAAAUUGCUAGUAAAUUUGACAAAAUUAAGUAUAGUCAAGUAACACAUUGAAUUAAACAUUAUUUUUUGAAGUAGACAGACUGGAAUAGUGUUGUCUUCUAAUUAUUCUGGUAUAACUUCAAAAACUCAUUUUUUACAGUGCACUUCUCAAAAGACAAUAAAUAUAGAUUUUUUAUUUAAUUUCGUGUAUGUAUGCUUCUCAGUGCUUAGAUUAGAAUAGGGUUGUAUGAUCAAGAUUGAUUUUAUGUGCACAUGCAUCAUCUGAACCCUUUAUUUUAUUUUUUACUAUAUAUGUUUAAUAUACAUUUUUGUUUCCAAUGUAUGACUUAACCUUUUUUUUUUUUUUUUUGCAGUUAUAUUUAGACGUUACAUUUUUUUUUUUUUUCAAAUAUAGUGGAAUAUGAACAGUAGCAAAUUAGCUAAUAUUUUUGUUUCAAAUCCAAUUUUGGAUGACAUUCAUAUUUGUAUUUGUCUUUUGUACUGUACACUCUCUAUAUACUCUUUCUUUGAGUGUGUAAUGCUGUAUUUGUAAUGCAGCUGUAUAUUUGAUACACAUGUAUAAAGUUGUCCUGUUUGUCUUCCGACCGCUGCAGUGCAGCGCGAGUCCAAACCAACACUAUCAUCUCUUCUCCUUCAGCUGGGUUAUCUGAGUUACUCUGGUUUGAUGUGUGUACUGUGGGGUUUGGGAGCUCACUGUGAUAAUAAAACAUCAGAUACACGGUUU